AUGAAUUUCGAAAGCCGGUGGAUCUUCGCUUUUUUCUUGGCCGUCUUCGCCGUUUUCAGCGUUGUACCGUCCACGACCGCCGCGUGAGUUACCAUCCGAAGAUAAUAUGUGAACGAAAACCACAGAAAUAUUGGGGAAUAUUCAAGUAUUAGCUGAAAUAAAAAAAUAUGAAAAACUGUAAUUUACUGUGAUUUUAUAUUCCCAAUAAAGAAAUUUGCAGUCCUCGACCCGGGCAAAUGUCGCUGGGAAACUCGCGAAACUGCUUCUUUUCGCCCAUGGGCUGCGUCUUUCUUCCGAAGAUGUCCCGGAUCCGGAAAAUGUCAGCAGACUACCAGUUGGCCCCACUACAGUACGAACUCGAGCUCGUGAGCCGUCGCUGA